AUGUUCCGUCCAAAUUCAUGGCCAUACCGACCUCAGACAGACAACUAUUACGUCUGGCCUUUCGGCAACGUCGGUGGGACCAGAUUCAACAUCGACAUCAACGGCCCUUACCGUCGGGAACCCCAUGGGCUAGCGUUUGCCAGCCCUGGCCCUCGGUUCUUCGACUUUAGUCAACUCUUCAACAUCACCAACAACUUUGGCGCGGGACCCGUCCACUCUGCUCAGCCCGGGCGUCUCCGCAACCGUAUCACCAUCGUCCUUCCCGACGACUCCAGGGUUCUCCUCGACCGCGAAGUCCUGCACGAGCACCUCCCGCGAACACGCAACUUCAUGCAGCACGGCCACUUCGGCCUGCCCGAGUUCCUCCGAGGCUACGACCACGGCAUCAUGGACGACGUCAUAGACCCGCGGGGGUUCAACGAAGCCUUCUCCCGUGCCGCCACCUUCGUCUUCCGACACCUCGAGUACCUGAGCCGGUCCAACGCGUCACCUUACGCCGUGGGUAGCGGUACUCUGGACCUGUUCGCCCGGCCUCGGUUCCUCCUCGCCAACGCCCGCGAUCGAGCCGCCACCGUCCACGAGAUAUUCUGGCACGUGUUCGUGCUCUGCUGCGUCCUGGACCAGGACCGCGCGCUCGGGUGCUCCGAUAUGCUGGCUCGACCCAUUGCCGAGUUCCUUAUCGAGUUCAUGCCCAGCGUACAGGCGUUUCUGCCCCCGCAGGCGAUGCAGAUGUUGUUCUUGGGGUACGCUCGCAUCUUUCGCGAGUCGAGGUUCGAGCUGGAGGUCCUCAGGGAACUGUGGGAGUUGAUGGAUGUGGCGAACCAGCAUGCCAUGAGGAACUUGAUAGGACCGCAGCUGGCGACGAACGGGAUGGGCAACAACGCACAACGGAUAUGGACUGCACUGAGACACCUGGGCUUGGUAUAA